UUUCCGUAAAAUGUCGUAUCCUUUUCUUUAUUUCGUCAAUUAUGGUGGAAGCGCAACAAGUGUUUUAAUUUUCUUGCUAAAAAUACUUUAUAGAAUUAUACAAAUUUGAUUUUACGCCAUGAAGACUGUGUAGUGUUAAGUUUACCCAUUUAUUGAGUUUCCACUUUAACACCUCACGAUUUAACCUCCAAACCUGCCCAACCGCUGGGGAACAAAACAAUACAAAACUUGGCCAGAAAUGGACAUGAAAAACAAUUUGGCAUUGAAGAAAAAACGGGAACUACUUGGGGGCAUCAACAAGCGAAAAAUGACCCUGAGGAAGUACAUGGACAACCUCAAACAGAGUGAGUGUCGACUGGACAUUACCCAGAUCACAAAGUGCGUUUUUUUGGGCUCUCUGUGCCUCAAACCCGUGCCCCAUCUUUUCGAUUCGCCCUUGCUUCUGGAGGAGCUUGAUGCGAAAGUUGGCAGUGUGGGGACUGAAUUUGAGUACAUUGAAAUGAAAUCAGUUAUGAGUGAUAAGGAAGCUGUUACAAAAGACUCCGUUAAACGGGGGCUUAAGAAAAAAACACUAAACUCGCCGAAGAUUAAAAAGAAAACGCUGAAAGUAAAGACUGACAUUAGAACGACUCCCAAUGGCUACAACAGUGUGAAAAGCGAAAGUGCAAGUGAACUUGUUGAAGCCACAACAGCCAUGAGUCCCGUGCUUCCAGUAAUAAACACCGAAGAAACUUCCCCAGUCCUGUCUUCAUUCCAAACCGAACCGAGCGAAAGUAUGUCCACAAGUGAGGAAAAUCAAGUGGAAACACCCUUCCCUGACUUUCUAGACAUUAAACUCCUAAACCAGAACAUCAAAGACAUUAAGGGCGUAAACCCCGACCCCUUCGCCUUCGAAGAAGACGAGGCAGAGCGCCUGAGACGCGAGCCAACACCUGAAUUAAUUUUAUCCGACUCUGAUGAAGACGCAAUUGACCAAUUAAUGUACAACAUCAUGGACAUUAAAGUGGGACCAAACGUUUUCGACAAAGACUUCUUUGACAUGCCCCCCUCUGACAUUGAAGAGGACUACGAAGAGUACUCGAACGAUUCGCAGGAAAAUAAAAACGAGCCAAACACCGUCAUCACCAGAGGGAAAAAGUACAGCAAACGCGCCCCCCAAUGCAAGAUCUGUUCGCAAGUCUUCUCCACCUAUAUGCAGCUCAAAAAACACAAACUGGCCCACGAUGGCGACAAACCCUACUUCUGUCUGAAGUGCAACGAAAACCACCAGACUCUCGACCAGCUCAUUGCGCAUCUGAGGACGCAUCAGGGGAAGCGGCCCUACGUGUGCAAGAAGUGCAACCAGGGCUUCAAGACGCUCAAGGGCUUGGAGAGCCACCACCCGGUGCACGUGUUGAAGAAAGUCAGUUCGCAGAAGCGAGUCUUCAGGUGUGAGGUUUGUAACAAAGAGUUCCACAAGUUGUGCGAUUUGGAAAGACAUACGAGAGUGCAUACGGGUGAAAAACCGUCGAUUUGUAACAUUUGCAACAAGCGUUUCCAACAAGCGCACAAUUUAAAUAAACAUUUGCUUAUUCACACGCAGGAAAAGCCGUAUGAGUGUGAUGUUUGUCACAAGAAGUUCGGCCGGAACGAUGUUUUAAACAGACAUUUGCUUACGCAUUCGGUUAAAAAACCGAACCGGUGCGAGAUUUGUAUGAAGAGUUUCAUUCGGGUGUCGCAGCUUCUAGCUCAUAAUAAAAAACACCAUACAGAAAUGGCUUCCUAGUUUUUGGUUGGGGGUUGUUGCCGUUUUAAGGCAGCGAUGAUCUCUUUUUUUUUGUCUUUAGGUAAUGUUGUUUUGCAGAACUAUGAGUGUUUACUUACGGUGCGUUUUGGGAUCAGAAGUUUUUGUUAAGUUAAGAGUUAAUUUCAUUUAAUUAUUUCUCACUUUACCACAAGAGAAUAAUGAAAAUAGGCGAAAAUUAUCAUUUACAAAGUUUUUUUUAAAUCAUUAAAAAUGUAAAUGGGUAAUUCUUUGUUUAGCUUUCGUAAUUUUGACGUUUUAGUCAGAUUUAAAUUAUCCAAUUUAUUUAUUUUAUAAUCUAUAAGACCACAAUUUUUAAUUCGGCAGGAGAUCUGUUUUAAUUUUUUAUAACAAUGUGUUGAGAAAAAUACUCUUUUUUCGUUAUAUAUUUUUUUAUAGAUCCCAAUACUUGGUCGGUUUGCAAAUGAAUUUGCAAUAAUUUUAUUAAAGCCGAUUACUAUAAGUACUAAACUACCAAAAAUGAGGAUUUUCAAUUUCACUACUUAUACUGCAGUUGUUUUUUUUUUUAAUUAUUUAGACGUUAUUUGUACUGUACUGUACUGAGUAGUUACCUACAACCAUACUUUUGUAGUUUUAAUUGUUAUUUUUUUACUUGAAGAAUUUUAGUUAGGUUUGUAGUGGUUUGUUUAAGUUUCAUUAUUACUUUGCAACGUUGCAUCUACUUAAAAGUGUAAAUAUGAACUAUUAAUUUUGUCACCUGAAAACUCUUCUCUCAGUGCAAUAGCUUCAUUUUUAUUCAGGUGAUAAAAUUGUUAAUCCCCUUUUGUACAAAAUUAUUAUGCAAGUGUGAUAGUAUUACAAAGUGCCUUUAUGUAUCUUAACAAUAAAUUGUUGUGCCUUUUAUUACAUUUGUAAAAUGAAAACGAGUGAAAAUUACUGCAAAAAGAAGUCUAUUUUUGUCAGUGAUUUAUUGCCUUACCUAGUUUUUUUACAGUUAGUUUAAGCAUACUUAUACACUUACUUGUAUGUAUAAAUAACUUAUAUACUUUUAGAUGGAUAUAAGAUAUUAAUAGUUCAUUGUAUUUGUUUAAAUAAAUAAGCGUAAAAUGUU